UCUUUUUUAUCGAGCGACACUUGGAAGCCACCCUUUAUGGCGUACGUGUCCUUUAAUUCUCGCCAAAAGACAGAUCUACCUUUAGAUUUCAUUAGAUUUAGAUAUAUACUACUUUCUUAAAAAUAUUUCUGAUAUUUUUCCCUCAUUUAGAGAAUGACUUGUGUCUCAGAUUCUCUUUCAAUUUUUGGACCUUUUCGAAAGUUCCUGGAAGGUUAAAGCUUGAGUCUAAGUCUUCGUUUUUUGCAGCACUCCCCUUCUCUUGUUGUGCUUUUUAUUGUUAUCUAGGGGGACUUUAGGAUUUGUUAGUGCUUGGUGUCUAUAAAAUUUUGUUGGGGUUGUUUGGUUUUUACUUGCUUUGUGAUUUUUGGCAUAUUGGUAUUGUGAUUUUGUGUGUGUGAUUGUUGUUCAUUGGGGUGAGUUGAGAUGGAGGAGCGAUAUGAGCCAUUGAAGGACCUUGGUGUAGGGAAUUUUGGGGUGGCAAGGUUGGUGAGAGAUAAGAAGACAAAAGAGCUUGUUGCAGUCAAAUACAUAGAAAGGGGAAAGAAGAUUGAAGAGAAUGUUCAAAGAGAAAUCAUUAAUCACAGAUCUCUGAGGCAUCCAAACAUUGUCAGAUUCAAAGAGGUAUUGUUGACUCCCACACAUUUAGCUAUUGUCAUGGAAUAUGCAGCUGGUGGUGAACUCUUUGAGAGAAUAUGCAGUGCUGGCCGAUUUAGUGAAGAUGAGGCGAGAUUUUUCUUCCAGCAGCUAAUCUCUGGAGUCAGCUACUGUCAUGCCAUGGAAAUUUGUCACAGGGAUCUGAAACUGGAAAACACACUUUUGGAUGGAAGUCCAACACCUAGACUUAAGAUAUGUGACUUUGGUUACUCCAAGUCUGCUUUGUUGCACUCCCAACCUAAAUCAACAGUUGGAACACCUGCAUACAUUGCCCCGGAGGUACUCCAGCGAAAGGAAUAUGAUGGGAAGAUUGCAGAUGUUUGGUCAUGUGGUGUGACGCUAUAUGUGAUGUUGGUAGGAGCAUACCCAUUUGAGGAUCCUGAAGAUCCUAGAAAUUUUCGUAAGACUAUCGGGAGAAUAAUGAGCAUUCAGUACUCCAUUCCUGACUAUGUACGCGUGUCGGCAGACUGCAGGCAACUCCUUUCUCGUAUUUUUGUUGCCAAUCCUGCCAAGAGGAUCACACUCCCAGAAAUUAAACGGCAUCCUUGGUUUAUGAAAAAUUUGCCAAUAGAACUAAUAGAGAUUGAGAAGACUAACUAUGCAAAAGCAGAAGCAGAACAACCAACUCAGAGCAUAGAAGAAAUAAUGCGGAUCAUACAAGAGGCAAAGAUGCCAGGAGAAGGAUCCAAAGCUGGUGGUCAAGCUGCUGCUAGUACAUCGGACCUUGAUGAUAUAGAGGCAGAUAUUGAAUCUGAAGUUGAUGUCAGUGGUGACUAUGCCUCUGCUGUGUGAGCAUGGUUUAGGAAUUAUGCUGAUAGAGGAUUUGUGUUUUAAGUUUAAUUACACAAACUUUGGCUUUCAUUUGUUGUGUGGAACAUAUUGUACAGUUGACUAUAUCCAAGAAACAUGUGUACACUGUACACGUAAACUUGAACUGUGUAUUGAGCUGGGUUUUGUGUGUAUGAAAUAUAUUGCGUGCAUAUUUUUCAUUUAUACAAAAUAUUUUUCCACUGAUUGGGAUUUACCGCA